AUGAAGAUUCAUAAUGACACACUUCAGUCCGGCUCAGAUUGUUCUGCUCUUCAUCCCUUCAUCUGCUUCGACGAUCACAUGGUUUUAGUCCAAGAGCAGAAGACGUUCGAAGAGGCGUUGAUUCACUGCAGAACACACCACGGCGAGUUUGCCACGAUAACCAACCAGCACCAGCAGAGGAUGGUCCAGGAGCCAGUGAACCAGGCCCAAACGGACUACACCUGGAUCGGAUUGGCCUACGCCUGCUUCUUUGAGCAGUGGAUGUGGGUCAAUGGGGACUGGGUCUCGGCUCAGCACCAGAACUGGGAGAACCCGAAAGUGCUCCACGGUUGUGACGUAGCCGGAGCCAUGACCAAAGAGGAGCCCAGUAAAUGGUUCAAACUGUCUCUUGGGAAAAGACUUAAUUUUGUUUGCACCGUCGGCUGUAGCUGUAGAAGAAGAAAACACGUUCGGUCGUGUCUGGGUGCCGAUGCUCUCCGGUAA